UGGGUAGAUUGUAGCAUACUCGUCAAGGUUUGUUGUACCCUUGAGGUUUUUUGAGUAUUGCUUGCUCCAUCUCCAAUCUCUAAUCUCCAUUCUCCAUCCAUACAUAAGCAUAAUUUCCUAAGAUUAAUAAAAGAUGAUUUGAUAUUGACAGUGAAAACAAUCUCUCUCUCUCUCUCUUUCUAUCUCCCUUUCUGCAUCUCACUCAAGGUUCAAAGAGUAAAACGAAGAAAGAAAACCGAGGUAUGAGCAAAACCAGCUCAGGGACAAAACCCACGAGGGUCCUUCCCUACGACCCAAGCCUGGCGGAUCAUUACAGCCUAGGGAAGACGCUUGCAGGCCAGUUCGGAACCACAUACCUGUACCACAAGCCAACAGGGCAGCAGUACGCCUGCAAGUCAAUCAAAGCGGAAACUGUUUGCCCAGAGGACUACGAGGACGUUUGGAGAGAAAUCCAGAUAAUGCACCACCUCUCGGAGCACCCCCAUGUGGUCAGGAUCAGGGGCACCUACGAGGACCAGCUUUCUGUGCACUUGGUCAUGGAGCUCUGUGAGGGUGGUGAACUUUUUGACAGGAUUGUCAAGAAAGGUCAUUACAGUGAGAGGGAGGCUGCCAAGUUGAUCAAAACCAUUGUUGGAGUUGUUGAGACUUGCCAUUCUCUUGGGGUCAUGCACAGAGAUCUUAAGCCUGAGAACUUCUUGUUUGAUACUGUUGACGAAGAUGCUGCCCUCAAGGCCACUGAUUUUGGAUUGUCUGUUUUCUACAAGCCAGGCGAAUCUUUUUGUGAUGUUGUUGGGAGUCCAUACUAUGUUGCACCAGAGGUGUUACGGAAGCAUUAUGGACCUGAAGCAGAUGUGUGGAGUGCUGGUGUUAUUCUGUACAUAUUAUUAAGUGGGGUGCCUCCAUUUUGGGCAGAAACUGAAAUGGGGAUCUUCCGGCAGAUUUUACAAGGGAAAAUUGAUUUUGAUUCAGAACCAUGGCCUGCUAUUUCUGAAAGUGCUAAGGAUCUCAUACGAAAAAUGCUUGACCGCAAUCCAAAGAGAAGACUAACUGCUCAUCAAGUCUUAUGUCACCCAUGGAUUGUAGAUGACACAAUUGCACCUGAUAAACCUCUUGAUUCUGCAGUAUUGUCACGCCUGAAGCAGUUCUCAGCAAUGAACAAACUUAAGAAGAUGGCUUUGCGAGUUAUAGCAGAAAGGCUUUCAGAAGAAGAAAUUGGUGGUUUAAAAGAGUUAUUCAAAAUGAUAGACACUGACAGCAGUGGAACAAUAACAUUUGAAGAAUUAAAAGAUGGCUUGAAGCGAGUGGGUUCUGAACUUAUGGAAUCUGAGAUCAAAGAUCUUAUGGAUGCAGCAGAUAUUGACAACAGUGGGACAAUUGACUAUGGUGAAUUCCUUGCUGCUACAGUGCACUUGAAUAAACUGGAGAGGGAGGAGAAUCUGGUGUCAGCCUUCGCAUUUUUUGACAAAGAUGGCAGUGGAUACAUAACUAUUGAUGAGCUUCAACAAGCCUGCAAAGAGUUUGGAUUAAGCGACGUCCAUCUUGAUGAGAUGAUCAAAGAAAUUGAUCAAGAUAAUGAUGGACAAAUAGAUUAUGGGGAAUUUGCUGCGAUGAUGAGGACGGGCAAUGGAGGUAUCGGGAGGAGAACCAUGAGAAGGACAAUUAAUUUGGGCGAUGCACUAGGAGUGAUGGCUAAUGGAUCUAAGAAAAUUGAAUGACUUAAAAACCUAACUUUUUUGAGCUAUAUAUACACAUACAUAUAUAUUGCCUAUCUUCUUAUAAUGAAAGAAGUCACUGGCUACCUGUUUUUCUGUAUUAGCAGGACUUCGUUCCUUGCAACCUCAUUUUCAAGUUAUGACUUAUCAGAACUUGUGCUCUUCAAGAAGUGAAAAAUGCGAUUGAAAA